AUUUAACAAUAUACAUGGUUUAGGUAGAAGUUAAAAGUUGAAUACAAAAAUUAUGAAACCUGACAGAAAACAAGACCCAAAAGUAUUUUUAAUUGCACGAGAGGUAGAAUUAGCUCGAAUAUUAGCAGGAAAUGACCCGAAGGCUAGGGAUAAGGCUCUUAAAAGCCUUGGUAAACUUCUCCAAAAAAGAUCAGAUACAAUGCCCUUCACGGAGGAAGAUUUUCAAAGAAUUUGGAAAGGACUAUUUUACUGCAUGUGGAUGUCGGACAAACCAUUGGUUCAGGAAGAGUGUGCGGAGAGAAUAUCAAAGUUAGUCCAUUUUGCUGAUUUUUCUACAUCUCUCUUGUUCUUUAAGGCUGGGCUCUUUAUAGUUAGCCAAGAAUGGACUGGAAUAGAUCAGUUGAGAUUAGAUAAAUUUCUUAUGCUUAUAAGAAGGUUAUUAAGAGAAGCUUUCCAAGUGCUCAAGAAAUAUUCGUUUGUAGAAAACGACAUUAAAAGUUUUAAUGAAGUGAUCUCAGAAACUGUAUUAAACAAAGAAAUUAAAACUCCAGUCGGACUUUUUAUGCAUUUUAAUGAAAUCUUUUUAGAGGAGUUGGCCAAGGUAUCAGAAGGAAAAAUCCAAUCCAAAAGUGUUGUUACCUUUUUACAACCAUUCAUUCAACGUUUGGUAAAAUCUGACGAUGGAAGAGAAAUAGGAUAUAUAAAAAAAUUCAUUUUUAAUUAUUUGAUGAGACAGUCAGAUGUCGGUAUGGACUAUCAAGAAAAAUACGAGGCUUGGAAGCAGCAAGGUUUUCCGGGUAGUAUAAAUUCAAUGCAAAAAGUUAAAGUAGACGCAGAUGACGAAGAUGAAAGUUCCGAAGAUGAUGAAGUUAAAGAAGCGACAAAAAAUAGAAAAGUAAAACCUAUGGACCCACGAGCUGGACGAGUAGAUGUUGAAAUUCCUCAGCUUCGAUUUCGAGCUAAGGAUGUGGCAAACGCAUUAUCGGAAUGCAAAUUUGACAAAAAGAGUUCAACUAAUUCGAGACAAGCAAUAUCGGCAUUGAUUCAACAAUUCAACAAACUAUCAAACGGAGUGUAUCCAUUGGGAAUUCAUAAAAUAGACGUGAAAGAUAAAAAUGAAGCCAUAAACAUUCGAAAAGCUGCUAAUAAACUAAUUAAAUUUGAACAGAAACUGUUAGGAAAAGAUAGAAAACGAAAACGUGAUAAAGAAAAUAAUGAAAAACAUGGUGUCGAAAAGAAGCGGAUAAAGUUAGAAAAUCAACAAAGAGAAAGUAUCAAACCUGAAAAGAACAAAACCAAACCUGGAAAAAAUCAAGACCUCGCAAAUGGGGAAAAUCCAGUUGCGAAGAAAUUAAAGAAGAAAAAUAAAGAAAAACAUUUACAAGAAUCUACAAAGAACAAUAGAAGAGGGAAUGAAAAUACUUCGAAAAAAAUUGUAGAGAAUAAAAGUCAGAAUAGUAAAGAGAAUAAAUCAAAAUCAGAAAAAAAUAAAUCCGAAAGUAUAUCAAUUUCAACAGCAGUUCCUAAAACAAAGAAAAAUAAAAAAUCAUUAGAUGUAAUUGAAAAUAAACAACCUAGUUCUAGUAGUAUAGUCAAAGCAAAGGAUAAGCUGAAAAAUAAGAAAAAUAAUAAAUUAAACAAGAAAUUGAAUGGAAAAUUGGGUUCUAAUAUAGAAUGUAUAAUUGAGAGAAGUUCUGGUACUUGGGUAGUGUACGAAGUUGAAAGUUCUUUAAAACCUGGGGCACAGCAGUCAUCAGAAAAAUCAGUAAGUGUGCCAGUUUCUACUUCACCAAAACAUGUUAAAAAGGAUCAGCUGCACAUUAAUAACACAACUAAAGAAAAAAGUAGUCCUAAGAAGUCACCAGUUUCCAGUCCUAAAGGGCAGCAUCAAGUGAUAGUAGAAUCAUCAAAAUCCGGAAAACGGCAGUCACCUGUAAAACCAGAAAUUUUGACAGUUUCUAAUUCACCAAAAAAUGUCAAAAAGAACGGACUAAGUAUCAAUAUAUCCCGCGAAGAAAAAUUUAGUCCUAAAAAAUCUCCCGGAUCCAUCGUUACAGAGUCGGAACCAGGAAUAAUAGAAUCAUCAAAAUUGGGAUUGACUCCAGUGAGACUCUUCGAAUCGACUCCAGAAAAAAAGGAACUUUUUCCAAAAACCGAAUGGGACGAACCAUUACAAGAGGGCGAAUACGAAAUAUGCAUUCCUUCGAAAAAGUACGUCGGCAAACUGAAGAAGCAGAAGAAAUUUAAGGACCAAACCGUGCACGAACUCAUUAACACAACCUUAGAGAAAAUUAGGGGAAAAUCUAGGUUAAGUUUAGAUUCUCGAUUAGUCAGUAAUCCGUUCGCAAAAACGGGCAGUGCUAAAAAAGUAAAAAUUAAUACUAGCCUGAACAAAUCACAAGAAGUGUAUGAACAUAUUGCAAAUGUAAAAAGCUCUCCCGCUAUACCUUAUGAUGCUUCUAGAAAACCUUCCAAACCGCUGUUAAAACCUACGGCUAAUUCCACUCCCAUUAAUCCUUUCUAUAAAAAGCAACUAAAUAUUUUCUAGAAAGGGAGUUUUAGUCCAGUCAGAAUCUGUUUACGGUUGCAACUAGUGAACCGGACCUUGGAUUUUUUAGAAAUAUCUCCGGACUGUUGUUUAUAACUAGAAUUUAAAUAUGCCUCAGCUGAAAAAACAAAAUAUGAAAAAUCAACGUAAAGUCCUCUGUUUUUCAACCUUUAAUCCUGAAAAUAUAUUUACGACAAAAAUGGACGCGAGUAAAAUGGCUGGUAAUAACUUAUUGAAAGAUUAAUACGAACACUAACAAUUUGGAAUGAUCUGGACUGAAUUCUUUUAGCAUAUGUGUGUGUGUUUUAUCUUUUUCAUUACUUUUACCAUCCUCACAAUUUGGAUUACUUAUAUAAUUUAUUUCCUUGGCUGUUAGGGGUUUAAACUGGAAAUUAUUGGCACUGUGUACCCAGUAAAGGUUACUGUGGGCAGCGUUGAAUUAAGUUUGGACCUAUAUUGGUAAAGCAAUUAGUUAAUUGGAUUCCAAAGUCCUGUUAAAAGUUAUCUUAGUAUUGUGUUUAUGUUUUGUGAUUUUAAUAGACAUAAUACUUUCUAUUUUUUGUUACUGUGAUGUUAGUUGUUCCUAAUUAUAAAUAUUCCUUGUUUGAAUAGUUGAUAUAAACACUUUUUGGGCCUUUAUAUAAUUAAAAUAAAUAACGGCUAUUAGGGAACUGAUUGUCUUUGAUAAUUAAAAUAUAUCUUCUUUAUUCAUUGUCUACAACUGAAUUAGGAACCUAGGAGCAGUUUUGGGUUUGAAUCGAUAUUUUGCUGUUUAAUAUUAUACAAAUUUUCUAAGAUCUAAUGACUUUAUCUCAUAAUCUGUUUGGAUUUUUUCCCUAACCUAAUUCUUCGAAGUUUCUUUGGGAACAUACAAUGUUGGGGAGAUCGUUGUUUUAAGUUUACAGAACUGUAAAUUUUUCAGUUCAUAAAUGUUGCUGCUAAGAUUAUAAUUAAUUAAGACUACUAGAAGUUGGUGUUACUGAAGAAUUCAUUGGAUGUGAUUGCAUUUUGUAGGAUUUGUUUAGUUUGAUCGUUGUGCAGGUAGUCCACAUUUAGAUCAACCAAUAUCAAACACUUACAUUGACCGAUUUAUGGUGUCUGUAUUAUCUAUUCCUAAGAAAGUCAUCAAAAUCAUAGUAAGGAAAUAUGUAAGUUGCACUUAAUAUAUAAUUACCAUUUUCUAAUCUAACAAAAAGUAUAAAACUGUUACUUACAUUUAUCCGUUACGGAUGUUGCACCAUAGACUUUCUUUGCAUAUCUUUCUCUCACUAGCUCGUUAUUUUAUUUUACCCUCUCUCUCGUCAUAAUGUCAAUUUUAUAUAUGUCUAUACGUAUAACCAUUCCAAUUCUCCCACCUCCGUACAAAAAGACAGACAAAGAAAAAAAGGUUAAUAAAGAUGACCCCUUCACUUUGUCUGAUAAACCGCACAGUAUAUUUAUAUUUGACUUUAUUGACUGUUGCACUAAAAAGUCCGGUAGUAGUCAAGUUAAACCAUUUUC